AUGGCUCUCCUACACCAGAAGAAAUUAAACCCCUGGUUGUACACGCAAAGUCACCAAUUCGCCUACCAAUGCCAACACACCACAACUGCAAUCAAGCCUACCAUGCCGGCGGCGCCUGCUGCAGCUCUCAUGAACCAGGUUAUCAACGGUAACUAUAUUAGCGAGGCCAGUCGGCAAAUUACACGUCUUUCUAAAGCCAUUGGACAAGAUGAAGUCACGCGAGAGAAGCUGUUGCACGCCUUGAGGUUUUCCGGGGGGAAUGGUAAGCUGGACACAUCGGCCUGGGUUUCUGACGUGAGCAAUGAUCACUCGCCUUUUGAGUACUCAUUGGCUCUGUCCCAACAGACCGGAGGAUCAGAGCUGCGAUUCUUGAUCGAGGCCCAGCCCGAAGAAAACAGCCUAGCCGCCCUCCAAGAAAGAACCUCGCGCUUGACUGACGACAUAGCGACAGAGUAUGGCCCCACAAAGGUCUCCUUGGACCGCUUGAAUCUCGUUCGAGAUUUGUUUCUCCCCUCAGAUGCUGAGGGUAAAUUGGCGUCAUGGCACAGCUUCGCUACCUCAAAUUCCUUGGAAAAGUGGAAGAUUUACCUGGAUCCACUAGCCUCGGGGAGGCAAAACGCAUUCAACGUGACCCGAGAGGCUCUGGAGCGCUUGGGGCUGGCCAGCUCGUGGAAAUUAUUGGAGAGCAUCAUGACUGGCGACGACUAUCCCAUCUACUUCUCGCUUGGCCUAUCGCCGAACCCAGAAGACGCCGAAGUCAAGGUAUACGUUGCACACCGCGGUGCGUCUGCGACGGAAAUCGCCCAAAAGCAUGUCAAAAUGGAUCCCAAUUCCAGCGCCCAUGCAAUCGAGCUGUUCUACUCUAUUAUGGCUGGUGGCUCGCUUGGACCUUACCGGGGGAAACCUGGGUUAUCCUGUUUCCAUUUCAAGAACAAAGAUCCGUCUCGGCCGGCAGCUCGUACGGUUCUCUACCCAAUGGACAGCUACCCGGCAAAUGAUGCCGAAGCGCAGGAGCGCAUUGAAGCGUACAUGGAUGCCAUUUCUGCGCCUCGGCUCUACCGAGAGAGGUAUAGAAACGCUAUCAGCGCCGUGCAGCGCCGGCCGUUGGAGGCUGGUCGUGGAAUUCAUAGCUGGGUGAGUAUGAAGGAGAAGUUGGACGGCAAGCGAUCUAACACGUUUUAUCUCUCGGCCGAACUGUACGGGUGUCUUGGUGAUGACGGCCCCUCGAAUGGUGGCCACUGA